GUCGCUUCUGCCGGGCGGCCAUGGGGGAACCGCCGGGGAUGGAGACGGCGCCGGGCUCGGUGCUGUGCCGGCUGCAGUUCCUGGAGGACUCGGACCCUUUCUCGUGCGCCGCCUUCCCGGAGCCGCGGCGGGCGCCCGUGCAGCCGGUGGUGGAAGCGCUGCCCCUCGCCGCCCAGCUGCCCGCCAUGCACCGCUUGCUGGCCGCGCCUUUGCCGCUAGAAGAUUGCACUUUGCAAGUUUUGCCAUCAGGAUACUAUUUGGACCUUGAACUUUCUCUACUGGAGCAGAAGGAUGAACUGGAAGGGUUCUAUGAGGACAUCAGAAAAGGAAGGCGGCCGAUUCUCCUUGUGCGCACACAGCUCUCGGUCCGCGUGCAUGCCAUCCUCGAGAAGCUCUACAAUUCCAAGGGCCCUGAGCUGAGGCGCUCCCUCUUCUCACUGAAACAGCUUUUCCAGGAGGAUAAAGACCUGGUACCCGAAUUUGUGAUUUCAGAAGGGCUGACAUGCCUCAUCACAGUGGGAGCUGAAGCAGACCAGAAUUACCAGAACUAUAUCCUGCGAGCUCUCAGUCAAAUCAUGCUCUUUGUGGAUGGGAUGAUGGGCGUAAUAAACCACAACGAGACAGUGCAGUGGCUCUACACGCUUUGCGGAAGCUUGUACCGCCUCGUGGUCAAGAGUGCCCUGAAGCUGCUGCUCGUCUUUGUGGAAUAUACGGAAUCCAACGCCCAGCUCUUGAUCCAGGCUGUUGUAGCAGCAGAACAGGUCAGAGGCAGCUUUCCAUGGUCUCAGCUCAUGUCAAUCCUGGAGCAGAACAAUGGCGCCGAUACAGAGCUCCAGGUGUUUGCCAUGACGCUCAUCAACAAGACGCUGGCUGCCCUCCCAGACCAGGACUCCUUCUAUGACAUGACAGACUGCCUGGAGCAACAGGGCAUAGAGCGGAUCAUUCAGCAGCACGUCAACAACAAGGGCACGGAUCUGGACUUGAAGCAGCAGUUUGUCAUCUACGAGAAUGCUCUCAAGUAUGAGGACGGAGUUGAAGAGUCACCAUCUGGCCUGCGCAAGGAGCGGAGGAAAGGAGAUGAGAGUCGGAGGGGGCGGCGGUCUAUGGUGUACAUCAUGGCCCAGGAGGAGAGCCAGGGGGUCCAGGCAGCUGGAGAACUUCAGCCCAGCCCUGCUCAGGAUCUGAGCCUGGAUGUGAAGAGCAAUGGCCAGGCCAGCUUUACGAGCAUGUAUAACAGUGCAUCGAGCGUGCAGCUUUCAACGUUGUCAGUACCUUCGGAAGGGGAGCAGCCCGGGAACCUUGGUGAGAGAAGCGUUUUCAAAGCCCGCUUCUUGGAAAACCUCGCUGCCUCCCAGAUGGAGAAGCUGUUUGCAAUGUCCAGGGGCCGAGCAGAGGUCCUGGCUGAGGCAAUACCAGGCGCUGAGCAAGUUAGCCCAGGGAGGCGGAGAGAAGGGCAGAAUGGAACUGCCAACAGGACAGAGCCUGUCUCUACACUGGGCAGCUUUGGUGGUGAAGGGGCUGGCCCGAAUGCAUCAGAUAAUAGUAUUUGCAGCACGUAUCCUCAUGGCCCUGAUUCCGUCCUGAGUCCAGGCCACAGACUUGUUUCACCUGGCGAAGGCACAGAGGCUUCCAGUGGUGUUUCCGAGAAGAAGUUUAUGCUUGACAUGUUGUUCUCCAAGACCCCGACGGAGUUGGAAAGGACACUUGUAGCUCCUGCAGAGAACCGGCCCACAGAAACCUGGAACAAGCUAAGCCUGGAAGAAGGCAGGAACUGUCCAGGGAAGGGGGCAGAGUCACCCUCUGACUUGCGGGCCCGACCACUGCGAGCCCAGUUCAGCAUUGAUGCAGAAACCAACUUGCAGAGUCUAGAGAGUACCCUUAUGGCUCCCUUCAGAAAAGACUUGGAGGCCAUAUGUCGGGAACCCAACCCAAAGCUGCUGAAAAUCAAAGAUCUGGACUUCUCAGACCUGGGCAGGGAAGAAGAUUUUGAUGUCCUAGAGACUGAAACGAUGGAGAAGAUGUCAUCCCAUGCACCUAGCCUUUGUACUGCUAUGACUUCAGAUGGUGUUCUGGCUCCUCCCCCUCCUCCCCUCCCUCCAGGCUUUGCCCCACCUCCUCCCCCCCUACCUGGUUGUCCCCCACCUCCUCCCCCUCCCCCCCUACCUGGUUGUCCCCCACCUCCUCCCCCUCCUCCCCUACCUGGUUGUCCUCCUCCGCCUCCCCCUCCUGGCUUACUUAGUUCCUCCCCUGGAGAUUCUCAGCGUCCUGCUAAGAAGAAGACACUUAAGCUUUUCUGGAGGGAGUUGAAAAAUGUGGAUAGCUCACCAGGGAGGGGCACAUUUGGGCAGGCCACUCUGUGGGCGUCCCUGGAGAAGGUAGAGAUUGAUACCGCCAAACUGGAGCAUCUGUUCGAGUCCAAGGCAAAGGAUGUGCUUCCCUCUAAGAAAGCUGCCGAUGGGAAGAAGGUAAUUGUGGUCCUGGAUCCCAAGAGGAGCAAUGCCAUCAACAUUGGCUUGACGGUGCUGCCUCCCGCUUACAUCAUCAAGACCGCCAUUCUCAACUUCGACGAGUUUGCAAUCACGAAGGAAGGAAUCGAGAAAAUCAUGACCAUGGUUCCCACGGAGGAAGAGAAGCAGCAGAUUCAGGAAGCCCAGCUAGCCAAUCCUGAUGUUCCCUUGGGGACAGCAGAGCAGUUCCUUCUCACACUUUCCUCGAUCUCUGAGCUUGCUGCCCGACUUACACUUUGGGCUUUUAAGCUGGACUAUGAGACCAUGGAGCAGGAAAUUGCUGAGCCUCUGUUCGACUUGAAGCUUGGGAUGGAGCAGCUGGCCAAAAACCAGACCUUCAAGCACAUUCUUGCCACUCUCCUAGCCAUGGGCAACUUCUUGAAUGGAUCCCAGAGUCGAGCGUUUGAGCUGAGCUACCUGGCAAAGGUGUCAGAGGUGAAGGACACAGUGCACCGGCAGACCCUGCUACACCACCUGUGCCACAACGUGGUGGAGAAGUUCCCAGAUACGACUGACCUCUACUCUGAGAUCGCUGCCAUCACACGCUCAGCCAAGGUUGACUUCGAUGCACUUUCAGAAAGUCUAGUCCAGUUGGAGCAACGGUGCAAAGCGUCGUGGGAUAGCUUGAAGGCAAUCGCCAAGCAUGAGACAAAGCCUGCUCUGAAGAGCAAGUUGCUGGACUUCCUACAGGCCAGCACCCAGAAGAUCAUCAUCCUCAAGACCGUCCACCGGCGGGUGUUGAACAGAUUUCGCUCCUUCCUCCUUUACCUGGGUUAUGAUGUGCAUUCAGUGCGAGAUGUGAAGGUCACUGGAUUCUGCCAAACCCUUCGGGAAUUUGCCCUGGAAUACCGCACAUGCCGAGAGAGAGUUCUGCAGCAAAGGAAGAAACGGGCAGCAUACCGGGAGAGGAACAAAACCCGUGGCAGGAUGAUCACAGAGAUGGAGAGGUUUGCCAGUGUCAGCCAGCCUGAAGCAAGCCCUGUGCCAGCUGUGCUGUCGGCCAGUCCAGAGCUGAAGGCUGAUGAAGGCCAUGAAACCAUGACCAACGUGCUCAUCUCCCCUGCAGAGCCUUCUGGCCGCCGCUCUCGGGCCAGCAGAGGUGUUGGAAAGCACACCCCACCCAGUGCCCUGCCUCCCCAGGAUGAUGUGUCCGGCUCCCCAGAAGAUGCCUCAGAAGAGAUCAUGGAUCGCCUGGUGAAGUCUGUCACGCAAAGCACUCCACCACGGCCAGGAGCCGGGAAGGAACGCAAGCGCUCCCGGGUGAACAGGAAGUCCUUGAGGCGCACCCUGAAGAAUGGCCUAAGCGAUGAGCUGGUGCAAGCCCUGGGCCUGGCUCAGGCAGCUGGAGUGGCUGUGUGAAGAACAGCCUGCGGAACCCAGAGGAGCCUUGCUGAAUAAGGAUACCGUCCGAGUAGGUCUGGCAGUUGGAGAGGGGAGGCAGGGCCUGCCAGAUCAGGCAGUGGUUGCUAGAACUGCAGCAGGCCUGCCCAAAUUGUGCCUUGAAGGAUCUUGCCAGCGUGUGCCCUGCUUGUGUUACUUCACCCAAACCUGCCCUUUCUCCUUGGCUGAUGGGUCAGGAUGGAACCAGGUGGACUUCCUUAAGGAGAGGACGCACUGCCUGGCUGCAAACAGUAUUAUGUGUGUGUGUGUGUGUGUGUUUGGACUGAUUCUGCCCAGCAUGUGGUCUGGGUGCAAGAUCCAGGGCCUGUGUUGCUUAGGAAUUGGUGAGGUCAUUGGUUUGAGAGUUUGGUGGCACUAAAUAAAUCAGAUGACUUCUUACUUUU